AUGGAGAUAUCAGCUACGUUAGUAACAGUUUCAGUAGCUAUAGCUGUUGUUUCGUGGUGGGUAGGGAGAACUUUGAAGUGGGUUUGGUUUAAACCAAAGAUGCUUGAGAGUUACCUGAGAAGACAGGGUCUUUCCGGAACUCCUUACACGCCUCUCGUAGGCGAUUUGAAGAUGAAUUACAGUAUGAUGAUGGAGGCAAGAUCCAAACACAUCAAACUAACGGAUGAUAUCACAUCACGUGUCUUGCCCUUUCCCUUGGAAAUGCUCAAGAGUCACGGAAAGACUUUCUUUACAUGGCUUGGAACUACACCAGUCAUCAACAUAAUGGAUCCUGACCAAAUCAAGGAAGUGUUCAGCAAAGUUUAUGAUUUCCAGAAACCGCACACAUUUCCUUUGGGCACCGUGAUAGCCCAAGGACUCGCUACUUAUGAUGGUGAUAAAUGGGCAAAACACAGAAGAAUCAUCAACCCGGCUUUCCAUCUUGAGAAGAUUAAGAAUAUGGUACCUGCGUUUCACCAGAGUUGCAGCGAGGUUGUUGGCCAAUGGGACAAGUUAGUGUCGGAAAAAGGGUCGUCCUGUGAGGUGGACGUUUGGCCUGGGCUGGUGAGUAUGACGGCAGAUGUGAUCUCUCGUACUGCUUUUGGAAGCAGUUACAAAGAAGGGCAGAGGAUAUUUGAGCUCCAAGCGGAACUAGCACAUCUCAUUAUACAAGCUUUUCUGAAAGCUUUCAUCCCUGGAUAUAUUUAUCUCCCAACGAAGGGUAAUAGAAGGAUAAAAGCAGCAGCCAGAGAAAUACAAGAUAUACUGAGAGGGAUCGUUAGCAAAAGGUUAAGGGCGAGAGAAGCCGGGGAAGCACCAAGCGAUGAUCUACUGGGUAUACUUCUUGAGUCGAAUAUGGUUCAAGGUAAAGGAAAAGGAAUGAGCACUGAGGAUGUGAUGGAGGAGUGCAAGUUGUUUUAUUUCGCCGGGCAAGAAACAACUUCUGUGCUUCUGAAUUGGACAAUGGUUCUGUUAAGCCAACACCAAGACUGGCAAACUCAAGCUCGAGAAGAAGUGAAGCAAGUUUUUGGCGAUAGAGAACCUGACACAGAAGGCCUAAACCAGCUCAAAGUUAUGACGAUGAUACUAUAUGAGGUUCUUAGGCUAUAUCCUCCACUAGCUCAGCUGACCAGAGCCAUUCACAAAGAGAUGAAGCUUGGCGACCUGACGCUACCAGGCGGUGUUCAAAUCAAUCUACCUAUUCUGCUAGUGCAACGCGACACUGAGUUGUGGGGCAACGAUGCAGCGGAAUUCAAGCCGGAGAGGUUCAAAGACGGUGUGUCAAAGGCAACAAAGAACCAAGUCUCUUUCUUUCCCUUUGCGUGGGGACCAAGGAUCUGCAUUGGUCAGAACUUUGCCAUGCUAGAGGCUAAGAUGGCAAUGUCAGUGAUUCUACAGAGGUUCUCCUUUGAGCUCUCUCCUUCUUAUGUUCAUGCGCCUUACUCAGUCAUCACCCUUCACCCACAGUUCGGUGCUCAUCUUAUCCUGCACAAGCUAUAA